UUCAUCUGUAAGAAGUGAUCUGGUAAUUCGAGCUCCGUCAGUAAAAUGGAAGGGAUAUUUCAACACAUAUAAUUAAUAAAAGCUCCCGACGGCUUUUAGCCAGGAUAUUUGCUCCAAUAAAAGCGACCAACAUUUGCUACUCGGCAAGUUCGCUGAAGAAGUUCAAGCCGUGCGAAGCAAGAAGGAACGGUCGUCGUCUUUUUAAGCCAAACAACUCGACUUUAUUGAAGUGUAUUCAGUCAUCGUUUGCUAUAAGAUAUGAUGAAAGCCAUGUGUCAAUUCUUAAUUCUAGUCGUUUUAUUACAUUUUGGCAAACAGAUUGAUUCCGCAUCAGUGGAUAUGAAAAGAAGCAUCAUUGGUGGACAAGAUGCGGCGUUCUUGCAAAGCGGUCUCAGACUCCGUUCAAUCUGUGAUACACACAGAGAUUUAAGUUCAAGACAACGCGAAAUCUGUCGAAAAGAUGUGGCCCUCAUGGGAAGCACUCUUGAGGGUGCUAUGUUGGCAAGGAAAGAAUGUAAAAAGCAAUUCCAGAACGAACAAUGGGAUUGUUCGACCAUUCCCGAAGACGAAGCGCUUGGCCAAAUGCCAAGUAGAUACGCUACUAAGGAAGCUGCUUUUAACCACGCCUUGGUUGCUGCAGGUAUUGUCCACGUAAUAGCAAGGAAUUGCAUGAAAGGAGAUUUAUCUAGUUGUCAUUGCAGUGCAGCAAGAAGACCACAAAAUUUAAAAGCAGGAUAUAGAUGGGGAGGAUGUGGAGAUAACAUUCAUUAUGCCUCAGAGUUUUCCAGGAAGUUUUUGGAUGACCCUAGGGUAGAGAAAUUGAAUGGUAGUACUGACAUAAAACUGGCUAAAAAACUUCUCAUGGAUGAUCAUAAUAACGAAGCUGGAAGACAGGCUGUGCUGAAGAACCGUCGACUAGUUUGUAAAUGCCACGGCGCCACAAGUCAAUGUCCAACUCAAACAUGUUGGUAUCAGGUAUCCGAGUUCCACAUAAUUGGAGACUUUUUGAAAUCGAAAUAUCUUUCAGCAAUUAAAGCAAAACUUGCGAAAAAAAAAGGAAAGAAAGUUUUCUUAAAAGGAAAAAAUGAUAACGAUUUGUCUAACGACAAACAUAAACUUGUGUACAUUGAAGAUUCACCCCCAUAUUGUUCAAUUACGUCACGAAGCUAUUAUUCAACAACCAUUGCUCGUCGUCAAUGUAACCCAAGAACAUCCGGCGCAGGCAGCUGUAGACAUCUUUGCUGUAGACCGGGCCACAACACUCAGAAUAUAACGAAGGAGAAAGAAUGCAACUGCAAAUUUGUGUGGUGUUGUGACGUUAAAUGCCAAAAAUGCAGAGAAAGGGUACAAGUGCACACAUGUCGUUAAAAAUCUUCGGAUGUUUCCAGCAAAGACAUUGUUCAUCAUGCGAAUAUAUAUAGGCGUAUAUAUAUACAUUGAACUACGUACGUAUGAGCGAAGUGUAAAAAUGAAUCGUAAAAUGGAUUUUAUCGCCUCUAUGUAGUCUAAACUUCACUGAACUUCACGUUAAAAACGAAAAUCAUUAUACAUGUAGACAUGUUCCAAAGACAAACUUUUUGGUACUAGUUGCAGCAUAUAACAAACUCUAUCCUCCAACCACGUUAGUUUUUUUGUUUCAAUUCUUAUACGGCAGUUAAUUCAAGUCAGGUACUUUCGAAAUCCGGCGUACAAGAAACUAGUGUACCCACCCCCCGUGCUCUCAGGUUUUAAGGUUGUUGAUUUGUUCUGUAACGAGUCCAGAACCUUUUUCGUAAAACCAAUUUUUCACAACACGAUUUGCUGUUCCUCGUGCAUCUUGCACGUUGGUAAACUUUUGCGACAACCCUCAUUGAAUUAUUUUUAAAGAAUUUGGUUCUCAUCAAUAUUUUUUCAAAGAAAGGCUUUCAUUUUUAACAUGAAUAUUUUCUAAAUUACUUGUCAGUACAAUUGAGUCACAGUUUCAUUCUGACCACUUACUAAGACUGAUUAUACUAAUCAAUAUACAUGCAUAAUUAGCUCUUUCCAACUUCAGGAUAGAUAACGUCUUUUAAAAGUUUUGUUAUAUUUACAACGCUUUGAGCUACUUUUGAAACACAACUUAUAGAGAUAUCGCAAUAGUAUUAUGCAUGGUAUGGCUAAAAAGAAUGCACAUAAAUAUCAAAUAAUGGCAUGCAGCAUUUGUGAAAUUAGCCAAUGUAAAUAUUAUUGAUAGAUAUACAAAAAAUUAUACAAAGCGUAAUAAUAUAUCACAUUUACAUAGGCUGACUAUAUUAUAUACAAAAUUCCACCUUUCACAAAUCCAUAAUGUUUUGCAUCGUAAUUAUAUACGGCUAUAUAUUAGAUACAUUUCACGUUGGUAAUUGUAAAAGCCUUGGAAACGAAAAUAUCUUAGAAGUUCUUAUGUCACGCAGUUUUACACAGCCGGCUGUUUGAAAUUGUAUGACGCAAGAUCAUGUUGGGUGUAGAUACAAAGUAGUGAGACGUCACAGAAACUCGAUUGUCCAUUCGUAAGUAAACUAUUAUACGAAAUCGGAUGCCAUUCUUGGUGGCCACUUCCAAACUUUUUUUGAAAACAAUUUGAUGCCUUUCUUAUUUUAUUUCAAUACUGAUAGCUAUUAAGAUUCAAAUAAGACUUUUAGUAAUUGCUUAUUUUAAACUAUAGUUUGUAUAUUAUUUACAAUUAUAUUAUAUAAAAA